CUGGAAACUCAUUAAAUCACCAGACCAAAAGAAUGCAGGGGGAAAAAAAAGUAGUUUCCAAACAGUAGAUCGGUAAUAGCGGGGGACAUCAACUGACAGGCAGAGGUUUCCUAAGAUGCCCAUAUGAUGGUAAACUGAGAGUUGGGAACUGCCCCCCCUAUUAAGUAGCCGAUGGUGGAAAGAUUCUUCCCACUUGGAAAGAGGCUUUUCCUUCUUGGACAUCUGCUGGCGGAGCUUCCAGUAGCCAGAGAGAGGAGAGAGGGGUCCAGCCGCAGCUCCUGAAAACUUGACUUUAUUUUCCAGAGGGGGAGGCUUCAAGCACGCUGCUCUGCAAUUUAGUCGGUCCAUUUUUUGGGGGGGUUGAAUAGAUUGAUUGAUGCUCUGCUGACCCUUAAGGGCCAAACAUGAAGAUAGGGCUGUCACUAGCCACGGCUGCAUUCCUUGCAGCCCUGCUGUCCUCCAUAGAUGCUCAAGUGGAACCCCCCUCAGACUUAAAAUUUAAAAUUCUAAAUGAGAACACAGUGGAAAUGACAUGGACAAGACCCUCGUCAAGGAUAGAGGGCUUCAGACUACAAGUUGUAUCAGAUGCAGAUGAACCAUCCAGAGACUUUACCCUUGAUGCAUAUGCCACUAAGACCUCAAUCACUGACCUGACCCCUGACUUGGACUACUCUGUGUCCAUAAACUCCUUUUAUGGGUCAGAGGAGAGCAUUCCCAUCUUUGGACAACUGACCAUUCAGUCCAGUAACACCAGCGGACAAGUCAGGAAGCCACAGUCAGAUGCAAUCAAGUGUUCGGUCAGUGCAAUAGCAGAUUUGGUUUUUCUGGUGGACGGCUCAUGGAGUGUAGGCAGAGAAAACUUUAAGCACAUCCGUAGUUUUAUUGGAGCCCUGGCAGGGGCCUUCGACAUUGGCAUGGACAAGACCCGGGUGGCUGUGGUUCAGUACAGUACAGACACCCGAACAGAAUUCCCCCUCACUCGUUACAACAGAAGAGGAGACCUGCUCCAAGCCAUCAACGCGCUGCCAUACAAGGGGGGAAAUACUAUGACAGGUGAUGCCAUAGAUUACCUGCUGCAAAACAUCUUUACGGAGGCAGCUGGAUCCAGGAAAGCUUUUCCUAAGGUAGCCAUGAUCAUCACUGACGGAAAAUCCCAGGACCCAGUGGAGGAGUAUGCUAAAAGGCUUAGGAACAUUGGAGUGGAAAUAUUUGUCCUAGGUAUCAAAGGAGCAGAUGAGGAUGAGCUAAGGGAAAUUGCCUCCACACCUCACAGCAAACAUGUGUACAAUGUUCCCAACUUUGACCUGAUCCAGGAGGUACAAAAAAAGAUUAUCACAGAGGUGUGCUCCGGUGUUGAUGAGCAGCUCAGCGCUCUGGUCAGCGGAGAAGAAAUGGUGGAGCCAGCCUCUAACCUGCAAGUCACGGAAAUUGCAUCUAAGUCAAUGAGGGUGACAUGGGAUCCCUCCCUGGGGGAAAUCACGGGCUACAAGCUCACCCUCAACCCAAUGCUACCUGGAAUGAAACGCCAAGAGCUGUACAUUGGGCCAACCCAGACAUCCAUCAAUGUCCGUGACCUUUCCCCUGAGACUGAGUAUGAGAUUAUCCUGAAUGCCCUCAAAGGUCUGACCCCCAGUGAAGCCGUCAUGGCAAUGGAGAAGACCCAGCCUGUCAAGGUGUCAACAGAGUGCUCUCUGGGAGUGGAUGUACAGGCUGAUGUGGUUCUACUGGUUGAUGGCUCGUACAGUAUUGGAUUACAAAACUUUGCCAAAGUCCGUGCCUUCUUGGAAGUUCUGGUCACUGCCUUUGACAUUGGACACAACAAGGUCCAGAUUAGCUUGGUCCAAUAUAGUCGUGAUCCGCACACUGAGUUUGCUCUUAACACCCACCAUGACAUUAAUGCUGUUGUCAAAGCUGUGCGCACUUUCCCCUACCGUGGAGGCUCCACUAACACUGGCAAAGCCAUGAACUAUGUCAAGGAGAAGAUCUUUAUACCUGCCCGUGGAGCAAGACAGAAUGUUCCCCGUGUGAUGGUCCUGAUCACAGAUGGAAAGUCAUCAGACUCGUUUAAGGAUGCAACCAGCCCUUUGAAUGUAAGGUUUUUUUUUUUAAAUGCAGCGUAGGUAGUUUGAGUUUUUUUUUUUGCCAUUGCUAAUCAACCAUCAGACACUCAUGUCUAUGAGGUGGAGGACUUUGAUGCCUUCCAGAGGAUCUCCAAGGAGCUGACUCAGUCCAUCUGUCUGAGGAUUGAACAGGAGCUGCUCAACAUCAAAAAGAGAAGUCUACUUCCACCCAGUGACUUGGCAUUUUCUGAGAUUACCUCCAGAAGCUUCCGUACCACCUGGACAGCUCCUAUUUCCAAUGUCAUGUCUUACCUGGUACGUUUCCGCAAGGCUGAAGACGUCACCGGAGACUACAUUUCCAUGGCAGUGCCGAGUGAUACCACCACAGUCAUUCUGCCCCACCUAUUCCCCCUUACUGCCUACGAGGUCAACGUCUUUGCUCAGUAUGACAAAGGAGACAGUUUCCCUUUGACUGGUGAAGAGACCACUCUAGAAGAGCAAGGGACAGUACGAAACCUACGAGUUACAGAGGAGACAACCAACAGUUUCCGGGUGUCAUGGCAAGCUGCUCCAGGUUCAGUGAUCAGAUAUCGUCUGUCCUAUGUUGCACAGAGUGGUACUGGGGAAAUACUAGAGGCCCAAACCACUGGACCGGAGACUACCAUAGUUCUCCAAGAGCUCUUCCCUAUUACCACCUACAGUGUGUCUGUGUCUGCUGAGUAUGCUACAGGUGUAGGGAACGAGAUGCAAGUAGAUGGAACCACCAAGGAAGUCCGUGGUUCUCCUCGUGACCUUCGCGUAUUUGACGAGACCGUAUCUACAAUGAAACUUAGAUGGCAGGCUGCUCCAGGAAAUGUCGUCCAGUACCGCAUUGCCUUCAAACCUGCCGAGGGCGGUGACAGGAAGGAGAUAUCCGUCAAAGGAGAUACUACCCAGGCUGUGCUGAAGAACCUCCAGCCAGCUACUGAAUAUGAGCUGUUUGUUAGUGCUCGCUACUCUUCUGGUUUGGGUGAUCCUCUUCUGGGCACAGGAACCACUUUAGAAGAGCUUGGUUCACCCAGAGAUUUGGUGACCAAAGAUGUCACUGACACCAGUUUUGCUGUGUCUUGGGCUGCGGCCCCCGGUAAUGUUCGUCAGUAUCGGAUCAAGUGGACGUCUCUGUUCACUGAAGAGGUCGGAGAAAAGACAAUACAAGGAGACACCACAGCCACAGUUCUGGAGGGUCUCACCCCAGAGACACGUUAUCGGGUCUCUGUGUUUGCUGGUUAUGGCAGUGGAGAGGGUCAGCCAUUGGUUGGAGAGGAAACCACGGAUGUCUCAGCCGCCAGCAGAACGAUUGUUGUCUCUGAGGAGACCGAGAAGAGCAUGAAGGUGACAUGGCAACCAGCCCCUGGAAAUGUACUCAACUACCGCGUUACCUACAAACCCAAGGAAGGAGGCCGCCAGCUAGCAGCCAAGGUGCCCGGCGGCACCACUUUUACUGUGCUGAGACGCCUUACCCCCCUUACCACCUAUGACAUCACUGUUCUGCCUGUAUACCGUUCAGGAGAAGGCAAAGCAAGGCAAGGCGAAGGAACAACACUGUCGCCUUACAAAGGUCCUAGAAACCUCCAGACUUCAGAGCCCGCCAAGACCAGUUUCCGCGUAACCUGGGACCAUGCUCCUGGCGAUGUCAAGGGCUACAAAGUCACUUUCCACCCUGUAGGCGAAGACAUUGACCUGGGACAACUUCUGGUUGGUCCUUAUGACAACACUGUGGUGUUAGAGGAGCUGAGAGCUGGUACCAAAUACAGCGUGAGUGUGUUUGGUAUGUUUGAUGGAGGAGAGAGUAUGCCAUUGGCUGGAGAGGAGAAAACUACUCUCUCUGACGAACCUGAGCCUCCUCCUUAUGAGCCAUCAGAGGUGAGGUGUAAGACCAAUGCACAAGCUGACAUUGUGCUGCUGGUGGAUGGCUCCUGGAGUAUCGGACGUCUCAACUUCAAGACCAUUCGAGCCUUCAUCGCCCGUAUGGUGGGAGUCUUUGACAUUGGCCCUGAAAGGGUCCAAAUCGGUCUUGCUCAGUACAGUGGCGACCCAAAGACUGAAUGGCACUUGGAUGCUCAUCAAACCCGGGACUCUCUCCUGGAUGCUGUAGCUAACCUGCCCUACAAGGGAGGAAACACCCUGACUGGUCUGGCUUUGAACUAUCUACUCCAGAACAAUUUCAAAGAGAACGUCGGGAUGCGACCCAACUCUAGAAAGAUCGGUGUGUUGAUCACUGAUGGCAAAUCCCAGGACGAUGUCAUCCUCAACUCUCAGAACUUGCGCGAUCAGGGCAUUGAGCUCUAUGCCAUCGGUGUGAAGAAUGCUGAUGAGAAUGAGUUGAGGUCCAUUGCCACUGAUCCAGAUAGUAUUCACAUGUACAACGUUGCUGACUUCUCCUUCCUGCUGGACAUCGUUGACAACCUUACUGAUAACCUCUGUAACAGUGUCAAGGGUCCAGGAGGUGCACCCGGUGCUCCAACUGACCUGGUGACAUCAGAAGUGACUCACCAGUCCUUCCGAGCCACCUGGACCGCCCCUGAAGACCCGGUGGAGAAGUACCGCGUGGAGUACGUGACUUUGUCUGGACGCCCACAACAGGUGUUUGUGGAUGGCACUGAAACCACAGUGGUUCUUCAGAGCCUCAACCCUCUGACGGAGUACCUGGUCAAUGUCUACUCAGUGGUGGGAGAGGAGAGCAGCGAGCCUCUCAAAGGAACUGAGACCACACUGCCCCUGACUGCUGUGAGGAGCAUGGACAUUUAUGAUGAGCAGACCACCACCAUGCGGGUGAGAUGGGAGGAGGCGGUGGGUGCUACUGGUUACAUGCUGCUCUACAGUGCCAUCAAUGCCACUCAGCCCACCCUCGAGCAGGAGAUCAGAGUGGGAGGAGAUACAACUGAUGUCCAGCUGGUGAAGUUACUCCCAAACACGGCUUACUCACUCUCCCUCUUCGCCCUGCAUGGAGAGUCAGCUAGUGAACCACUGACCAAGCAGGGAGUCACCCUGCCCCUGCCACCUGCGGGCAAACUGACAGUUCGUGACGUCACCCACAGCACCAUGAGGCUUAUUUGGGAUGCUGCGCCUGGUCUUGUUCGCAAGUACCUCGUCACCUACAAGCCUGAGGAAGGAGAUGCUAAAGAACUGGAAGUGGAUGGAAGUGUGACCACCAGACAAUUGGACAACCUGAUUUCACAGACUGAGUAUGCCCUGACUGUUACUCCCAUCUAUGAUGAGGGACCUGGUCAGCCGAUGUUAGGAAAUGCAAUCACUGAUGUGGUUCCUGCCCCAAAGAACCUGCGAUUCUCAGAAGUUACCCAGACUAGCUUCAGAGCCACUUGGGAGCACGGAGCUCCUGACGUGGCUAUGUACCGCGUUGGCUGGACCAAGAAGGGAGAUACUAACUUCCAAUAUGCCAUUCUGAACAGUGAUGAGACAACCCACGUUCUGGAGAACUUGGAGCCAGACUCGCCCUAUGAUGUGUCUGUCACAGCAAUCUAUCCAGAUGAAUCAGAGAGCGAGGAUCUGCUGGGCACUGAGAGGACAUUACCUAAUGGGCCUCCCACCAACUUGGUUGUGUUCAACGAAACCACCACCACUCUAAACGCUAGGUGGGAUCCAGCUCCAGGCCGCGUCCAGAACUACAAGAUCACUUACGUCCCCACAGCUGGAGGCAGGAGCCAGACUACCCAGAUUGGAGGGAAGAAAACUACUGUCCUGCUUCCAAAGCUGAUCCCUGACACUGAAUACUCCAUCACCGUGGUGGCGGUCUACGCCAAAGGAAUCAGCAUGGAACUGAACGGCCCUGGAAAGACCAAGCCUUUGGGCGGUGUUAGGAACCUGCGGGUCACUGACCCCACUACCAGCACCUUGAAUGUCCUUUGGGAGGCUGCUGAAGGCAACGUGCGUCAGUAUAGGAUCUUCUAUGUCCCUGCAGCUGGAGGAGAGGAAGAGAUGGUCCAGGUAUCAGGCAGCACCUACAACACUGUGCUGAAGAACCUUCAGUCUGAUACUGUCUACACAGCGACUGUGGUUCCGGUCUACUCCGCUGGAGAGGGACAACGCAUGUCUGAGAAUGGCAAAACCUUGGAGCGUAGCCCCGUCAGGAACAUCCAGGUUUUCAACCCUACUACCAACACUAUGAAUGUUCGCUGGGAGGCUGCCACGGGCCCAGUCCAGCAGUACCGGGUGGUCUAUGCUCCUCUGACUGGCGCCAGGCCCUCUGAGUCGGUUUUGGUACCAGGAACCACCACCACGGCCCUACUGCAGCAGCUGCUCCCAGAUACAGAUUACAAUGUUGGAGUGGUUGCCCUGUAUAGCGAUGGCGAAGGACCUACUAUCAGUGACAACGGAAAGACAUUGCCCCGCAGUGGCCCAAGGAACAUGCGUGUAUAUGACCCCACCACCAGUACCCUCUCUGUGAGCUGGGAACAUGCCGAAGGUCCUGUCACGCAAUACCGCAUCACCUAUGCCCAGACCACAGGAGACCCCAUCGAGGAAUUUACUGUAGUACCAGGAAACAGAAACAAUGUGAUUCUACAGAACCUGGAUCCAGACACUCCUUAUAACAUCAGAGUGACUGCCUUCUAUGCGGAUGGAGCAGGAGGACAGCUGGAAGGAGAUGGACGCACAGUGGGUAUGCUCGGCCCCAGGAACCUUCUUGUUUCUGACGAAUGGUACACCCGCUUCAGAGUGUCCUGGGACCCCGCCCCCUCCAGGGUUAAUGGAUACAAGAUUAUCUACCAGCCUGAAGGCUCUGAUGAGUCCUUGGAGGUGUUUGCUGGAGAUGUGACCUCCCACCAACUGCAUAACCUGAAACCUGGAACCACCUAUGACCUGAAGGUGCUGGCACAGUACGACACAGGCCUCAGCGCGCCUCUAAUUGGACAAGGCACCACAUUGUACCUGAAUGUGACAGACCUCACCACCUACAAUGUUGGCUAUGAGUCCUUCUGCAUCCGAUGGACCCCUCACAGAGCAGCCACCUCCUACAGACUCAAAGUCAAUCCUAUUGACCCCUCCAAGAGCGGAGCUCAGGAGAUCACAGUCAGAGGCUCGGAGAGUAGUCACUGCUUUGAUGGCUUGACCCCUGACUCUCUCUACGAAGCCACAGUGUACACCCAAACUCCCAACCUGGAGGGACCUGGAGUCAAAGUAAAGGAGAGAACAUUGCCCAAACCAACAGAGGUGCCAACCGAGCCUCCCACCCCCCCUCCUCCAGCGCCAUUCCCCCCUGCACUAGAUGUGUGCAAAGGUGCCAAGGCAGACCUGGUCUUCCUCAUCGAUGGUUCCUGGAGUAUUGGAGAUGAUAGCUUCAACAAGGUCAUCCAGUUUGUCAAGAGCAUGACCGGAGCCUUUGAUGUCAUCAGCCCUGAUGGCAUGCAGGUUUCAUUUGUGCAGUUCAGUGAUGACGCCAAGACAGAGUUCAAGCUGAACACCUACCACGACAAGGGCAUAGUGAUAUCAGCUUUGCAGACUGUGCGCUACAGAGGAGGCAACACCAAGACAGGCGUCGCUCUGAAGCAUGUUUAUGAGAAGGUAUUCACCUCAGACAGUGGCAUGAGGAGGAACGUCCCGAAGGUGCUGGUGGUGGUAACAGAUGGACGCUCCCAGGAUGAAGUCAAGAAGAGUGCAGAAAAACUGCAGCAUUCUGGCUACAGUGUGUUUGUGGUUGGAGUGGCCGAUGUGGACAUGACAGAGUUGAGAAUUAUCGGCAGCAAGCCCAGUGAGAGACAUGUGUUUGUGGUGGACGACUAUGACGCUUUUGCCAAGAUCCAGGACAACCUGAUCACCUUUAUCUGUGAAACAGCCACUUCCACUUGCCCUCUGAUCUACAUCAAUGGGUUCACAACACCUGGCUUCAGAAUGCUGGAAGCUUUCAAUAUCACAGACCGGACAUUCGCUGGCCUAAACGGUGUGUCCAUGGAGACGGGCUCUUUCAACAGCUACAUUGCCUACAGGCUGCACAAGGAUUCCUUCCUAAACCAGCCCACCAAGGAGAUCCAUCCAGAGGGUCUUCCCCCAUCCUACACCAUCAUCCUGCUCUUCCGCUUGCUGCCCGACACAGCCUCUGAACCCUUUGAUAUCUGGCAGAUUUCAGACAAAAACAACAACCCUGAGGUCGGGGUCACCGUCAACCCUUCCAGCAAAACAAUCACGUUCUACAACAAGGACACCAGAGGAGAGAUCCAGAGAGCCACGUUUAAUGAGGAGCAAGUGAAGCGGGUUUUCCAUGGGAGCUUCCACAAGCUCCACAUCAGCAUCUCUCCAGAGAAAGUCAAGCUCAACCUGGACUGCCUGGAGGUGGCAGAGAAGCCUAUCAAGGAGGCCAACAACAUCACACUGGACGGCUAUGAAGUGCUUGGCAAGUUGGCCAAGUCUGGAGGUGGAAAGAGGCAGUCCGCGACAUUCCAGCUCCAGAUGUUUGAUAUUAUCUGCAGCUUGAGCUGGAUCAGCCGAGACAGAUGCUGCGACCUGCCCGCCACAAGAGAUGAGGCCAAGUGUCCAUCCCUUCCCCACUCUUGCACAUGCACACAGGACAGCAUUGGCCCUCAGGGGCCUCCUGGACCUUCGGGAAGCCCAGGUUCUAAAGGACCACGAGGGGAUAGAGGACAAACCGGCAACUCUGGUCCAAUGGGUCCACGCGGUGAGUCAGGACCCCCAGGCUCAAUGGGACCACCGGGUCCACAGGGCCCUAACGGACUGUCUUUACCCGGAGAACCUGGUCGCCAAGGACCAAAGGGAGAUUCUGGAGACCAGGGCCUGCCUGGCUUGCAAGGUCCUCCCGGGCAACGUGGUCCUCUAGGCCCUGUUGGACCAACCGGAGCGCGGGGGCCACCAGGAAAGGAGGGACCAUCUGGACCCAGAGGCCCAUCAGGGCCCAUGGGAAGCCCUGGAAAUCCAGGUGUACCAGGAAUGACUGGAAAACCAGGGAAACAAGGAGACACAGGAAACCCAGGGUCUGUUGGUCCUAAAGGAGAGAAAGGAGAGAGAGGAGACUUUGCGUCCCAGAACAUGAUGCGCUCCAUUGCCAGACAAGUUUGCGAACAGCUUGUGAACAGUCAGAUGAGCAGAGUUGACAUGAUGCUCAACCAGAUUCCUUCUGGUUAUCGUAGCAACACUCCAGGGCCAGCCGGUCCUCCCGGCCCUCCUGGCAACCAGGGAUCCCGCGGAGAGCCUGGACAAACUGGUCGAACUGGUUUCCCUGGAAACCCAGGUUUACCUGGAAGUCCAGGAGAAAGAGGUUUGGCAGGAGAGAAGGGAGAGAGAGGAUCUCCAGGAACUGGCAUCAGAGGACAAAGAGGUCCAAAUGGGCCCCCAGGGCCACCAGGAGAGUCAAGAACGGGACCCCCAGGACCUUCUGGCUCCACUGGGCCUCGUGGCCCCCCAGGGCGCCAGGGUACUCCAGGUGUGAGGGGACCAUCAGGGCCCCCUGGAUAUUGCGACUCCUCUCAGUGUGUUGGCAUUCCUUACAAUGGACAAGGAUACACAGCCAACAACUACCAGCCUGCACCUGAGGUAGAGUCUAUAUCUGUGGAGCCAGCUGGAGAGUCUGAGGCAAUACAAUCACCCGGUUACUCACGAAUCCAACGAGGAAAGAGAUCGCUACCACAAGAAAAUACAGAAGCAAUAGCAUCAUAGCUACAAUAAGGAGUUCUCAGAAAGUGUAAUAUUGAAAUAACUUCCAUGAUCACGUACGUGACGAUGAAGUGGUUCCUGUACAAAACUAUUACUUAUAUGGGUUUGAUACCCACGGCUAUAUUGAACAUAUAUUUUUUUGACAUGAGAAAGUUUAGCAAGAUGAAUACAAACUUACAUGUUCGUUCACUACAAACCUGUGUGCUUGCUAAGUGUUCCCUUUAAGUGUCUGCUUGUAAUAUAACUGCAAGUGUUUAUCGGACUCCAAUGUGUAAUGCACUAAUCAUGUGAAAACCAGCAGAAAGUAUGUCGAAGAAAGUACAGUGUGUGCUGUAUGUUUUUAAACACUUUCAGACUAUCCAUGUUGUUUUUGUCAAACUUCAGUAUGUAAGGCUGUUUCAGAUACUCCCAACGGUUAAAAAAUAAGGACAAUUAAUUUGAUCUCCAAAGAUUUGUUCGUUGUGAUGUUUUGUUAGGCCUUUAAACCAAAUGAUAAUCUGAUUCAUUGUAACAAACCAAACUUUUUUUUUUAUUUUAAUUUUGUUUUGUUACCAAAGGUGGAAUUGCAUGUUUGUGUUGUAUAUUUACCUAGGAUUUCUAAGUCAGAAUAUAGUUGUUGUUUUCUAUCAAUGCAGUUUGGAUUUGGUUGCAAGACUAUGGACAUAGAAUUGCUUUGCUUUUUUUAACUGCACAUUUUGUGAAUUCCACACAGCCUUAUUUUCUUAUUUAUUUCUGAAACAGAAGAGGCAUUUUUCAAUAAAACUACUGAAAAUGUAGCAUUGGUUUCAGCUUUCCAGUCA